UGUAGAUGUAAUAUAAUAAAGAUUCCAAGGUUAGGACGAUGGUACAUCAACAAUAGGAUAGAUUAUAGUAUGUUUAUAGUCAACUAGUUGAUUUGAGCAACUUCACACUAUAGCGAUUCUAUAGUUCAUUCUAGUAUUUGUUAGUAUUCCUAUUUGUUUAUACAUAUAGGGAGAGUGAUAUAUAUAUUGCAUAUACAAAAAUUGUAUAUCCAUAUUUAAACACACUUUGUAAAUCCAUAUUUACACACACAUACAUACGCGAAGACACAUUUAUAUACACGUACAUGUAAAUAUACAUAAACAUUAUUGUGGCUACCUAGCAAAACCUCUGUACUAUACCUAUACCCUACUUGGCGGUCGGUCAGCUGUACAUGUCCUACUAGAGAACAUAUGCACACAUUCAAAUAGCAACAUGUUCACACACCAUCUACCCGCGCAUGGCGUGGGACGAUCCGUGCGGUUUGCUGCAAGCAAUUGCGUACGCCCUCAAUCGCAUCCCUCACUUCCGAAGGCAAUACUCAAACGAUCAUUGGGUAUAUGUAUAGCGGCUCCUCGAACCACGGAUUCAACGCAACACAUUCAGAGGGUUUGUCGCGGCAACCUUCUGCCGUAUGCAAGUAGUAGAACGUCCCAUAUACACACAGCGUGUAUACACCCAAUCAAUCACACACACACACAAUCGCGCUACGUACAUAGUGGCAAUGCACUAUACUCACCCUAUACUCAGAAACCAGUACAACGACACAGUAGAACACAGGCUCCAGGUAUACGGUUACCUUCACAGUACACAGAUACACAAUCUCGGUUGAUGUACAGUACCAGACCUGCACCCCGUAGACAAAGAGAAGACAAUAGAGAACAGGCGAGUAACUCACAUGGGGAUGCACCUUCUAGUGGCCCAGAAACGCAAACGUGUGUAAAGAGUGGGAAACGUUUUGGUACCGGGAGUGGACGGAAAAGGAAGUCCAACAAACAUACAUACGCCAAGAUCAUGGCGGAAGACCACCUGUGGAGCCAUUUCUAUGGGAAGGCGUGUCAGACGACGUUAACGGGAACGCAUGCGGGUAUCAAGGCGUACGUGGAGAGUGCGUAUACGGAGGAAAUUCCAGAGCACAUUCCGGAGUAUGCGCCGCAUAGGGGUGGGGGAUCGUUUGAUGCGCUUAGUAUAUACGAGAAGGAUGUGGACUGGAAACCCGAUAUGGCUGUUGGGCAGAAGAAGACCCAUGAGUCUAUUACACCCAAAGGUGAGGAAGCGGUGCAAGACGGGGCCGGAAGCGGUCCAGAAACGGCGGGGCAGGUGCAUGAGAACGGACAAAAAGAGGUGCAGCCCUCGGGCAGGAUACCUACAAUGAGGGAUAAGUACACAGCUUUGCACUGUAUCCUGGAGGCUUUGACCUGUAAGGCGCCGGAGGGGCCAACCCGCACCCACGUGAAUGUACCUGAGGUGCUGUCAUUGGCCAAGUCAGCUAUAGAGAAGUCCUUUGAGAUGGGGGUGGCACCCAGAACUCCACACUACAACCAUCUGCUGCACUUCUGUGCGAGAGAGGAGCAGGUGGACUUUACCGUCGUACAGCAUCUGGGAACUAGUCACUAUUAUCCGGAUGCAUCCUGA